AGCUGACGGUAGGUUCUGCGUUUGAUUCAGUUCGGUUUUUCUACGGUUAGGUGUUUUUUUUAAAGAGGGUUGUUGAAAAUGUGACAGAACACGCUGCGACGUGAUCAACAGUGCAUUUUAAAAUAGUUUUUUUAAACUGCUUUGUAGUACAGAAAAAGGUGUAAUUUAAAUGCUAUAGAGGAUUUAAAACAACAUCGGACAUUCUUAAACUCUUACGUUAAGUUAUUUCGCCAUGGACGAGGCAAUAGCGAUUAUUUUGAUAUCCGUUGUGAUGUUUUUGGGAUGUUUUCUAUUUGGUUUGAUUCCACUUUUGAUCAAACUUUCUGAGAAAAGGCUGCAGUUUGUCAGUAUAUUCGGGGCAGGCCUGCUCUGUGGGACUGCUCUAGCUAUUAUCCUCCCAGAGGGGGUGGAACUACUGGAAGAGUCAUGGAGAGUCUCCUCCUGCUCUGUGGCCCCAGUAGCAGCCAAUAAGAAUGCCAGUGACGGUGGGGUCGGAGGUCAGCUCCAGGAGAUGGGCCCCUCUAAAGGUCUCCCAGCACGGUUCUUCAUCGGGGUCUCCCUGGUUCUAGGGUUCAUCCUCAUGUUCCUCGUGGACCGGAUCAGUAGCUACUUCUCCAUACACGGUCCACGUACUGGAACGUCCAACAGGACCAGUAUCACAGCUACACUGGGACUGGUCAUCCAUGCUGCUGCUGAUGGUGUAGUUUUAGGUGUUGCCGUGGUUUCCUCCAAGGUCACAGUUCAACUGGUGGUCUUUCUAGCUGUCAUUCUGCACAAGGCUCCUGCAGCGUUUGGCCUGGUCACCUUUCUGUUGCACGCAGGUUUAGAGAAGAAGCAGAUUCAGAAGCAUCUAUUGGUCUUCUCUGCUGCAGCACCUGUUCUCUCCAUCAUUACAUACAUUAUCCUGAACGCGAGUGGGGGUUCAGCCCAGUACCGUCUGAGCGCUACAGGUGUUGGGAUGCUCUUCUCAGCCGGAACAUUCCUCUAUGUUGCUACGGUCCAUGUACUACCAGAGGUCAGCUCCAGGGGGCAGCAGCAGAGCUUUGUAAAUGUAAUCUCUGGGACCGGGCACCUCGACGGGACUGGGACCGGGCACCUCGACGGGACUGGGACCGGGCAGCAGGGCGACCUGGGGGUCCUGGAGAGCCUCACGCUGAUACUGGGAGCAGGACUACCUGUGUUACUGGCCCUGGGACUACAUGAUGACUAGUCUUGUGAAUCGAUGCUAUCCUACCAAGUCUCCUUCGUCACUCAAAGGAACAUUAGGAAUGAAUGUGAAGGAAGCCUUAAAAUCGAGACUACACUACGACUGACAAGUUAACGCAAAGAAAGACACCACAUGAUACCAAGCACACAUUCUUACAUAGAGAUCAUUGAGGGUGUUUCUGUGCCAGAUGCAUUGUGUAUCAGUGUCUUUUCAUGAGAGGUCAAGGAGGUAGUGUUACUGAUACUGACAUGGGUUUGAACAUACAAAAAGUAUGGAUAGAGUGUGUGUGUGUGUGUGUGUGUCAUGCAAAAUAGUGGGAUCAGAGCAAGACAGAGUGAUGUGUGUGUCAGAGAUUUGUGUAGAGCUUUUGUAAUUGUUUCUCUUGCCAAGUUCAAUCUCAGUAGGGACAUUCUGUUGAGUUUGUCUGAAAGAGCGAGGACAUUUCCUGUAAGUGGAUAACUGUUUCCUCAUAUUUGGCCUUUGUGCCUCGACUGAACAAACCAUUUAAAAAAAAAUGUUAGACGAAAUCCAAACUAGAUCAGAUUUUAAUCAUAUUGGUCAUAUUUCAUCUUUUGUCAUUUGUAAGAAAGGUUUUUGGCUGGGGUAUGUUAGGUACUGAAAUAUUCAGGUCAGGUUGCGAAACGCCAUCUUUAUAAGCAUUGGACGGUUGCCAUAACACUGACGGUGCCUAAAUGAACCACAGUGAUGAUUAUUGAUUUCUUAUUUUGUAUUGGAUGUGAUCAUCUUUUUAGAUUUGCUAAUAAUGGUUUACAUGAAAUAUUCAGUAAAACACUCCCGCUGACAAACCACAGCUCAGUGGACCUUCUAAACGGACCAGUGACCAUACCGAGAAGAGACUAACACAUUUCUCCAUGGUUUACUAUAGCCAGGACAAUGUUGUCUGGCUACCAGUCUGUUUAGAUAACAUUCCUCUAGUCUGGGUAACAUUCCUCUAGUCUGGGUACCAGUCUGUUUAGGUAACAUUCCUCUAGUCUGGCUACCAGUCUGUUUGGGUAACAUUCCUCUAGUCUGGCUACCAGUCUGUUUAGGUAACAUUCCUCUAGUCUGGCUACCAGUCUGUUUG